AUGAUCAACUCCGUUGCUCUUCUGGCCCUUGUUGCCAGCCCGGCCUUUGCCGGUGUCAUGCAGGCUCGUGGCGAGGACUUCAUCCUUCCCGCCGCUGAGACCUCUGCUGUCGUUGCUUCCCACCACGCUGAGGGCUGGGGUGAGACCUGGUCCAAGUCCACCUGGACCCGUCCCACCGACAAGCAUGAGUCGACGACCACCCCGUGCACCACCUCGACCACCUCGACUCGCAGUCACACCACCUCGACUCACACUUCGACCACCCCGACUCACACCUCGACCACCCCGGUGCGCACCCACACCACGUCUCACACCCCUGUGAACCCGGGCACCACCAAGACCAUCACCAUUGUGACCACCACCUGCCCUGUCACCACCACUACCAGCACCUCGGGCUCCCACACUUUCACCAUCCCUGUCACUGGAACAAGCACCAUCACCAUCACCAGGACCACCGUCUGCACCCUGUGUGAGGAGAAGCCUUUGACCUUCCAAAACGCUACUCAGCCCGCCACUGCUGGCCCCACCGCCCCUGUCCAGACCACCAGCGCCGUCGUGAUUCCUUCCGUGCAGCCCUCUCCUUCUCAACCCGCUUCCUCCAUUCCCGUUGUGCCUGCCCAGAGCCAGCCCGCUCCUUCCCAGCCCGCUGCCACUCGGCCCGCUGUCCCUGCUGCCUCCCAGCCCGCUGCCUCCGUGCCUGCUGCCUCGGUCCCUGCUGCCUCGGUCCCUGCUGCCUCUGUCCCUGCUGCCUCGGUCCCUGCUGCCUCGGUCCCUGCUGCCUCCCAGCCCGCUGAGACCCACCCCGCUGUCGUCCAGCCCUCUUCCACCCCCGAGCAGCCCUCCGCCCCUCAGCAGCCCGCUGCCUCGCCCAAGCCCAGCACCUUCGUUGGUGCUGCCUCCAACGUGCAGCCCGCUGCCGGUCUCCUUGCCGGUAUCGUCGGCCUCAUGGCUCUCCUGUAA